AAUAUUGACAGCACUUGUCACUGCCGAUCCAACAGUGAAACGUCACGUGAGUCGCAGGAACUUGGAAAAUUUUCUCCAAAUUCUCUUGUGAAAAAGGUGAUUUUCCCGAAAGAAGUAACUGAAAAUCAAUCAACAAGAUGACUGAGAAUAUGGCUGAUUUGAUGACAUCUCUGCACGAUGAUAAAAUCGACAUGAUUGCGGCCACAAGUGUGCUCCAACAGCAGGCCGGAGACAUCCGCCAGAUCAAGAUCAACUGGCAAUCGUACAUGCAGUCUCAGAUGAUCUCCAGCGAGGAUUACAACUGUGUUAGUGCCCUGGAUGGGGAGAAAAAGGCACAGUACUUGCAGCAGAAUCCGUCGCAGUGCGCAAAGACGCUGCUUAAUCUUCUGUCGCACGUCUCUAAGGACCAGACCAUCCAGUACAUCCUCGUGAUGAUUGACGAUCUGCUGCAGGAGGAUCGCUCGCGAGUGGAGAUCUUCCACGACUACUCGAUGAAGCGCAAGGAGAGCGUUUGGGGACCAUUCUUAAACCUCCUCAACCGUCAGGAUGGUUUCAUUGUCAAUAUGUCGUCGAGGAUUCUAGCCAAGUUGGCGUGCUGGGGUCACGAGCAGAUGCCCAAGUCCGACCUAAACUUCUAUCUUCAGUGGCUGAAAGAUCAGCUGACCGUGAAUGCCAAAGCCUAUCACCAAGAGCUUGUUGAGGCGGAUGCGAAACGCAACGCCCUGGCCCAGCACGGCAACCACCAUCAUCAGCCACACCACGAGACCUACAAAGAAGUGUCCAGUUGCGUCGAUGAUCAAGCUUCAACGGCAUCCUCGUUAAAGUCACUUCUUAUUCCGAGCAACGAGUACAUCCAGUCAGUUGGCCGCUGUCUGCAGAUGAUGCUACGCGUGGAUGAGUAUCGCUUCGCUUUCGUCUCUGUGGAUGGAAUUAGUACGAUCAUCAGCAUCCUUUCGUCGCGCGUUAACUUUCAGGUGCAGUACCAGCUGGUCUUCUGCCUGUGGGUGCUCACGUUCAAUCCGCUGCUCGCUGAGAAGAUGAACAAGUUCAACAUCAUCCCAAUCUUGGCAGACAUUCUCAAUGAUUGCGCCAAAGAGAAGGUGACACGCAUCAUUCUGGCGGUGUUCAGGAAUCUAAUUGAGAAACCUGAGGACAGUCAGGUGUCGAAAGAACACUGCAUCGCGAUGGUGCAAUGCAAGGUGCUGAAGCAAUUGUCGAUUCUGGAGCAGCGCCGCUUUGAUGAUGAGGAUAUUUCGUCGGAUGUGGAGUUUCUCACGGAGAAACUGCAGAACUCUGUACAAGACUUGAGUUCGUUCGAUGAGUAUGCCACGGAGGUGAAGAGUGGACGGCUUGAGUGGUCGCCGGUGCAUAAAUCAGCAAAAUUUUGGCGCGAAAACGCACAACGCCUCAACGAAAAGAACUACGAGCUGCUCCGUAUUCUUGUGCAUCUGCUGGAGACGGUCAAGGAUCCUCUGGUGCUCUCCGUGGCCAGUUUCGACAUUGGCGAGUAUGUGAGGCACUAUCCAAGAGGAAAACGAGUGAUUGAACAAUUGGGCGGAAAACAACUCGUGAUGCAAUUGCUGAGCCAUGAGGAUCCCAAUGUGAGGUAUGAGGCGCUAUUGGCCGUGCAAAAGUUGAUGGUGCACAAUUGGGAGUACUUGGGCAAACAGCUGGAGAAGGACAAGGAGGGCGGAGGCUCUGCUGCAAAGCCUGGAGCUGCCCCGAUUGCUGGAAAAGCCUAAAAUGGUCCUUCUGUUAAUUCGACGCAAUUGAAAUUGUAGUUUACAUUCCUCUAUUCAGUAUAAUUUCAAUUGAGGCGAAAAUAUUAGUUUGAAUGCAUCAAGUAUUAGUGUUGUAAAUAUU